AUGGAUAGAUUUAUUACGAGGAUAAGUAAGAGACCGAGGAUAGAACUUGAAGAGUCAGGGGAAGAGUCACGUGUUUCCAAAGUCCCUUUGCAACCUGACAUAACCUCUGCCAGUGUUAUUGAAUCUGAUGUACUUAACUCGUCCAAUAUUCUGACUGAUACUAAUCAGAACAUCACAGACGCAGUGAAGAAGAAGUUACCAAUCCCCAUUGGUAAGAAUUCUCAAAAUUCACGGGAGGCUUUUGUCACUGGAGGAUACACUUGCUGGACCAAUGCUUAUAGGGCAUUUCCUGCUCAUGAAGUGAGUCACUUCCAUAAAACCUGUCAUCAGCUACUGGUCAGUCCAACAAGUAAGAACGUAGUACAACGUAUCUCGACCGUCAAGGAAAAAGAGAUGUUAGACAAUAGAACGGCGUUGCAGAAGAUAUUCAGUACGAUUAAGAACCUAGCUACUCAAGGCCUACCGCUCAGGGGCAGUAACAACGACGAACGUUCAAAUCUAUCACAAUUUUUAAAAGCGAGAUCAGAAGAUGUUCCAGAAUUGAAGGCGUGGUUGGAUCGAACGGGAUAUAAGUGGCUUCAUCACAGUGUACAGAAUGAAAUGCUCGCUCUUAUGGCAUCGAGAGUUCGUGAGAAGAAUCUUCAAGCAAUUCGGACCGCACCUUUCUUCUCUUUGACCUUGGAUGAAACCGCCGAUAUCUCGCGAUUAGAACAAAUUUCAAUGUCUUUCAGAAUUGUUUCAGGUGAUUUGUGCAUUAGUGAAAUCUUCCUUGGUUUUCACGAAACGUCUGAUACAAAAUUAGAGACUUUGUUUCACAUCGUGAAAAAUGUUCUUGAAGAAUACAAAUUGGAGAUAGACAAGUUACGUGGUCAGUUUUAUGAUGGCGCUUCGAAUGUCUCUGGGAGGAUCUCGGGUCUUCAAUCUAGGAUCAGAGGAGUCGAGGAACGUGCAUUAUACGUCCACUGCAAUGCACACAAACUUAAUCUCGUUGUACAUGCUAUGGAGGGUGUCGAUGCUGCACGAAAUUUCAUUGGGAUAAUCAAGGAUCUCAUCAAUUUCGUGAGAGAUUCGCCGAAGCGUUUAGCCCAGUUCCGAGAUCUACAAUCUUCAUUGUCAGUCGAAGAUCAGGGUGACAGCCCUGCUUUGAUAGCCUUCUACCCAACUCGGUGGUGCAUGAGAGUGCGAUCUUUGAAAUCAAUUUACCCAAAGACUAAUUACAAUGCAGCAUUGCAAUUUUUUGAUGACCGGAGCAACGAUCGUGAAGUGGAUAGCAGUAUUUCGGCAAAGGCUAGGGGAUUUCUGCAGCACUUGGAAUCCUUUGAAUUUUAUUUCUUGCUAACUUCGAUUAUUUAAAUAUUUGACAGAAUUGAGAUUCUGAACUAAGAGCUCCAGAGCUCAAAUUUGUGCGUACUUGACUCCCAUGAGAAAAUUAACGCCGUGCUUACUCAAUUAGAAUACAUGAGGGACUCCAAGUUCGAAACGAUUUGGAGUAAAGCUACUGAUGGGGCAAAGAGCCUGGAGCUUGACGAGACACAACUGCAGCGCAAGCGCAAAAUUCCAAAGCGUUUAGAAAAUAGCGGUGCCAGUGCACCCUACGUGUUCCAAACGCCGAAAGAGUACUAUCGGAAAAUCUACUACGAAAUUUUAGAUUCUGUGGUAGUGUCUCUGAAGGAUCGCUUCAAUAGUGAUACAACUCAAUUGUUGAACAGCGUGGAGGCUUUCGCAGUAGGUAUUGGAGGAUCUGCAAAAGAAAUCGGCGCUUUAUAUCGAGAAGAUUUCGAUGAAGAAGUACUCCGUCGAGAUCGUGAUGAUUUCUUGAAUAUAACUGCAAAGAAGAAGAUAGUUCUGCAUAAUGUAAAGGAUGUUGUAACGUUCUUCAAGGACAAUUUAUGGUGUGUUGGAUUGGUACCCGAGUACUUCAAAUUCAUUCAAUUGUUAUUGACGAUACCAAACUCAACAUGCACAAAUGAGCGAAGUUUCUCCACUCUGCGGCGUUUAAAAAACUAUCUCCGAUCUACGAUGCUCCAAGACCGACUUAACAAUAUUGCUACCCUUUACGUUCGCCACCAAUUAGUUGAAGAUUUAGAUUUGCAGGACAUUAUGAGUUCAUGA